GAGCUCGGCCUCUGCGCCCCCGCCGCGUGCACCGCGGGGGAGAUCGAGGCGCUCGUGGCGUCGGGCCCGGUGCGCGCGCUGCUGCCGCCGCUCACGGGUUUCUCCAUCGUCAGCGCGAAGGUCUCGGCCCCUCGCCAAGAGGUGCAGCGGCCUGGCCUCGGAGGGUGCCUGGCCGUGCUCGCCGUGGGCCUUCUCGCGUCGGUGGCGUGCGCCGCGUCCGUCUUCCCGGCCGCGGCACGGUCCAGUGGCGUGGCGCCGGCGGACGGGAGCCCCGCCUCGGCGGCGGCGCGCCUGCAGACCAGCGCGGCCUCGCGCAGGACAGAUGGAACUGCUCACCGCGACACGGCGGUCCAGCUCCUCCCGUCCCUCUCCGAGGACACCCUGCCGGCGGACCAGCUGCGGCCGGUCACCGCCUCCGCGUUCGAGGGCGGGGAUCCCGCCAGCUCGUCGCGGCUCGCCGCGCUGGCGAAGGCCUUCUCCGCGACCGGCGACGGCGGCACGCUAGCGAAGCUCGUGGAGGUGCCCCCCUGCAAGCCGACCGACUGCCUCAACGGCGUGCGCGUCCUCAGCAUGGUCUGGAUCAUCCUGGGCCACACGUUCCUCAUGCCCAUCUCGAUCGCCGGCUACAGCAACAUGGAGGCAAACGGGCUCUUCGACGAGCCGCUCGUGCUCUAUACCUGCUCGGAGUGCCGUGACGGAUGCCUGAUAGCAUUCAGCCUGCGACACUUUCUGCCCUCCGAGCUGCGCGUUUCCCACAGUUGGCUGGACGGCAGACUCCAAGGGAUCCGACUAAGAAGAGCGGGCCCCAGAGAACGAGACGUCUACAUCCUGAACGGCUACGCCCCCCUGAAUGAGGUUAGCCACGCCGUGACGGGUACCGAUCACCAUGAGAAAGUUGCAGCCCAUCGAGAGUUUCAGAAUAAAUAUUGGAGUCAAUGCCGAGCCGCCCUGCAGCAAAUCCCCCGCCGCACUGCCCUGGUUGUCACCAUGGACGCCAACGCCGCCAUGUCGCCGAACCCCCCCCACGUUGGCUUCGCGGGCCAGCGCCGCAUGUAUGCCGCCACCAACUACAACGGUAUGCGCCUGCUGGACCUCCUGCAGACGUUCCACAUGACCGCCCUCAACACGUUCGGCAGGAUGAACCGCCAGAACGGGACAUGGAAGCACACCACAGGCCCUGGAUGGACCACCAUCGAUUACAUCUGCACCAGGCUCCACGGUUCCUAUGGAAAGCGGGCGGCCCCGCUGAAGAAGUUACCUGUCAGCCUCAGUGGUUACCGCGACCAUCGCCCAGUUCAGGCUCAGAUCUACGUCGGCCUUCGGGCACGCCGCCGACCUGAAGAGAAGCCCGCCCGCUGGGACCGAGACGCCCUAGUACAAGACCUCAACCUUCUCCGUGACCCCGAUGCCGAACUCCCCCAACGCCUAGUGGACAUGCGAUCGAAAUUUGUGACACUCCUUGACCAGCGGCUGCUGUCUGGACAGUGGCCUGAUGAAUGCGGAGACGAACGCAGAUACGCCACCCCGUCAGACUACUUCAACGCCCUGGAGCACACGUUGAUCGAGGUAGCGGCCCCAUACUACAUUCUACAGCCCCAGAAGUUGACCCGCCCCAAGCUGAAGGACUCCACCCUGGCCUUGAUCGACCGCAAGCAUCGCAUCCAGCGCAGAAUGGCCAGCAUGACCAAUCAGGAGUCCGACAGCUACGCUGCCAUGCAGGCCGAGUUCGACACAGCAUAUCGUGAAGCCGCCACGGAGACGGCCGACGCGAACCAGAACCUGCGGAAGCUCCACAGCGUCAUCCGCCGCCUCGCCCCGAAGCCUGCCGCACCCACGGUCACGGUCAACAACCCCGAGUCUGGAGGCCUCUGCAUGGACGACGCUGAAGAAGCCGACGUUCGAGUACGGGCCCUGUGCAGCAUCUUCGAGGGCUCGAUGAUAGACAUGGCCACACCUGGCGGCCCCCCUGGACUUCUUCCACGUGACGAUACCAGAAUCGGCUCAUACACACCAGAUGAUGUCAGGAAGGCCAUCCUCAAGAUGCCCAACUUCAAGAGUGCGCCUGUCCUCAAGCUGAUAGACACGGAGACCGACCUCCCCGACCAGGACACGCACGACGGGUCCAUCAUCGAACUUUGGAAGCUGCUGGCGACCGAAGCCACGCCGGCGCUCCAUGGAGUUUUCAACGCAUGCCAGGCCCUUGGACACUCUGCCCAGCGCUUUAAAGACGGAGAAACGGUUUCACUACGGAAACCCAAGGGAGACGGCAAGAACGCGAAAGACCAUUACCGCACCAUCAAUUUGAUCAACCACAUCGGGAAGGUGUUCAUGAACGUCACAGUCAUGCCGUCACUGCGCGGUUUGGCCUCAAGAUUCUCCAGCUCACAGUUCGGUGCCCUGGCAGGCCGCUCUACCCGAGAUGCCCUGGCGGUCGUAGCCGAAGUGGCCCGACGAUACAGACUUCAUGGCCGCACCUCCCGCCUCGGCAAGACAGCGAUCCCAGGCAUGCUCCUCGCGGUGCUCAUUGACCUCGAGAAGGCGUUUGACCUGGUCGACCGCGAUGAGAUCUGGAAUGCCCUAGAGCGCCUCUCCCUCAGGCGCAACGUGAGAUUGACGGUCGAGGAGCUCCAUGAAGGCACAUGCUACAUCGCCAGAGAUAUUCGGACCAACCGCCCCAUCAAGAAGCUGCUCAUCUCCCGUGGCGUCCGCCAGGGGAGCGUGGAGGGACCCCUAUUGUUCAUCGCCGCCUACGACCUGCUCACCGCCAACUUAGAGCAGAGCCACGCCAUGUCAGAAUUCACCGUGGUCUCUGUAGUGUUCGACCCGACGUUGGAAAAAACUCGUCACCUCCACCUCCUCCCAGGAAAUGAUGGGGAAGAAUGCUUACCAGUAUCGCCCAUAAAGUUCGUUGAUGACUUGAUCGCGUUCACCAUUGUCGAGGAUUUCGAAACGAUCUCGAGGUUCCUGUCAUUUCUGAAGAGUGAAAUCACGAAGGGGAAGAUGAAAGUUAACGACUCGAAAACAGAAAUGCUCAUUGUCACCACGGGAAGACGAAGUAAGGCUCGGAAAACCACGAUUCGAACUAAACAAACCAACGUGACCAUGGAUGGGACUUUGAUCAACGCCACCCCGAGCGUGAAGUACCUAGUUCUCCGCCCCGCCUUCCCCGACCUCGUGCAGAAACAGCAGGACCCCCAGGAGAACGGCGCCCAGGAGAACCCAGACGAGGCCCCCGAGGAGCUCUUGGCCCAGGAGAACCCAGACGAGGUCCCCGAGGACCCGAAGUAUGACCCCACGAAGUUAGUCCGUGCGGUGGUUUUUGGUCGAUUCAACUUCGAGGGCCCCAAGCAUAAGGAGAUUAAUUCGCUCUUGGGAGUUCUUCUGGACGACCUCAGACACCUCUGGAGGGCCCUCGCCCCCGAGGGCCCUAAGGGCCUCGACAACCACAUGUUUUCGGUCCACAAGAAGUACGCCAACCCCACGGACUUAACAGAUGACCAGCUCAGGUCCCUGAAGUGCCCUCGGUGCGCCACUAAGUUCAGCAGAAAGGUCCAGGGAGGCGUCAAGAGGCAGGAGCCCGAGGCUCAGGACAGCACCACAGCGUCCAGCGAGUCGACGCCGAACGGCAAGCUCACGAACCUGAUGUGCCGCCUCCUCCUCCAACACGAAGCAGCCCACCAGGCCGACGCGAGGGGCGACAACUUCACACUCACCCUCAAAGUCGGCACCAAGAUCGAGAUGGCACUGGAAAACGGCCUGCAGAACUACAUAGCGACUGGCAAAUCCGCCCGCGAGGGCGACAACUUCAAGGGCCACCCGCUCGGAAAAAAGCCAGACGCACUCUUGAGGUCGGUGAUCUUCCGCAUGGCCGAAGCCUACGAGAACAGCUCCCAGCCCGUGCAGGAAGCCGUGAAGAAUGGGACCAACCCCGAGAAGGCCCUCGGCGCGCUGGAGGUGCUCCAGCGCUGGGGUUCGAUCGCCAAGGACACGGAGAUCAUGGCGCGCGCGACGCGGUGCUUCAAGGUGAAGCUGGCCGAGGGCGACGUGGAGCAGGUGCGCUGGAUUUGGGCCGUCAAUUAUCACCCCGAGCUCAAGCUCGCGCUGUCCACCCUCAGGGACAACGGCGGGCUCAAGGCGGCAGGAAUCCUCCUAGGCCACGACUACGGUCAGAGGUCCAAGGUUGCAAAGCAGAUAGAGCUGCUGCUCGUCGGCGACUCGGGCGUCGGCAAGUCCUGCCUAAUGCUGCGCUUUGCGGACGGCAUCUACACUGGGAGCUACAUCAGCACCAUCGGCGUGGAUUUCAAGAUCCGCACCCUCGACCUCGACGGCCAGACGGUGAAACUGCAGAUAUGGGACACCGCCGGCCAGGAGCGUUUCCGCACUAGCACCAGCAGCGCAUCAUCACCAUAUCCAGUAGCGCUUCCGCACCACUACUACCGCGGCGCCCACGGCACCAUCGUCGUCUACGACGUGACCGACAUGCAGUCGUUCGAGAACGUGAAGCAUUGGAUGCAGGAGAUUGACAAGCACGCCGAGGAUGGCGUCCACAAGCUGCUGGUGGGCAACAAGUGCGACCUCUCCUCCCAGAGGGCUGUCCCCCACGACGAGGCGCAGGAGCUCGCGCAAGAGCUCGGGGUGCAACUCCUGGAGACGAGCGCCAAGACCGCGCACAACGUGGCACAGGCCUUCCGGACGAUGGCGGGCGAGAUCAGAUGGGGAACGAACAGGUCGGGCUGCCUCGCGGCCGCAAAGGGAGGCCCCAGAAGGCACCGCCGCCACGCUGUGGUCCCGCCGUAG